AUGGCAGCGUCAUUUUCACCUGAUCAAAUCAUAUCGCAACUAGAUCAAGCUAAGCAAUUAGCUAUCAACCAGCCUGAAACUCAUCCACAAGUAUUUCGCCAAAUUCUUCCCUUUAUAAAUAGAUCUGAAUUGCCUAUAAAGCAAUGGUGUAUUCAAUUUAUACAUGAUACGUUCCUCAAUAACAAACAAUUAGGACACGCUGAUAAAGUCGACCUUGCUAUUGAUUCAUUAGACUCUUUGAUUAACUUGACAAACACCACAGAAGACAUCGAUAAUUUUUGUAAAGUCAUAAACAUCGCUAAUAUAAUUUACAAGUUAGUGUUUCAAUACGUUUCUGAGAAUGAUGGAUGCAAUCAAAUAUGGAGCAAGUUAACAGAGUUGAAGAAUUCCUUAGUGAACAAGUUUCAAACCAAUUACCCAUUAAAACCAAGUGACAACGUUGAACAUGACUUGUUGAGAAAUGUAGUUACAAAAUUAGAGUUGUUAAAAUUUAUAAUGACAGUAGUGGAUUAUCAAUCAAAGACCCAAGUUGUAGGAUCUACCAACGGAGGUAAUAUCAAAAUCGCAUUCUCCUUAGACAGAGUCCCACCGAAUCAUUCCCUCAUCAAAUACUUAAAUAUGGAAUAUGAAGCAGUCAAUUUAUUAGACUUAACAUUGAAAACCUUAAGCCAAGAUAUUUUGAAUCCUCCUAUGAUUUCAGCAACAUUAAAUCAUGGUAUUAUCAUUAUGAAGAAGAAACCACAAUAUGCCACUAAAAUUUUGAAGAUAAUUGAAAGUUACGAUACCAACACAAAAUUACAAUCUAAUUAUCAAACAAUUGAACAGUUUAAAUUAGCCAGGAAAUAUGUUGAUCGAGUUUUGAAAAUUUUCAUCCAACACUGUAAAAAGUAUGGAUUAAUUCCAACCAAUUUCCAAAACUCUCUUAAUAAGAAAUUACAAUUAUUGAUUGAAAGAGGGGAUGAAAUUAGGAGAAAGAAUAUAUUUCUCGAAGAUAAUGUUAAUAUUAGAAAGCGUAAAUUUGAAGGAUUCUUGAACCCAUCCAAGCGAGUUAAGGCUUUAGAUUAUAAGAACUUGUACACAUUGAAUGAUUUGAAUAAUGAACUCAACAAUUUCGAUUUAACUACAGUACCCCAACAUAUUCUUGUUAGUAUGGUUAUGAAUGCAUUAGAAAGAGCAUCCGUACCAAAAUUAACAAAGGCAUUGGAAAUUAUUAGUGAAAGAUACACAAACGCGUUAACUAUGUCUGGCAGUAGUCUAGUAUACCAAAGACCAACCCAAUCAGUCCAAGGAGAACAAAUGAAAGUACAAGAUAAAGUUAAGUCCGAAGUUAAGGAUGAAUCAGAUGAAGAAUCAGAUGCUGAACAAUAUAACCCAGAAGCAAUGUAUACCCUUCCACCACCUAAAGAUUUAUCAUUUCAAGAUAAAAAAGUUCAAAUUGAGUUGAUCAUUAAGAAUUUUUUCAAAUUAGCUAAAGGUGAGAAAACUACAGAAGAAAUCAACGAGGCAGAAGAUAAUAUAAGUUCCGAAUUAACCAAAAUUGCAAUUAAAUCAUGGAAAAAGGAUAGUUGGAUAUUACUCUUGACUAGACUAGCAACCCGAGGAAUGAGACGACGCAAACCAAAAACUGAGGACGAUGAAGACGAAGACUCAUAUGAUCUUGAAACUUCACCGGACGAUAAAGUGAACCAAGAAAUGGGAGACUUGAUAAGAACUGCAAUAUUCGAUUACUUUUUGGAAAAUAUUCAUGGUAGAAUAGAUGUGAUUAUUGAAUGGUUAAAUGAAGAAUGGUAUUCCGAAGUUGUAUUCAACGAAGCCAACAAGAUUAAGAAUGGUGAAACCACUCAAUCUACUCCAAUAUAUGACAAAUGGGCUGCAAAAGUAUUGGAUGCCAUGAUUCCAUUCCUAGAACCCAAUGACAAAAAGAUUUUCAUUAGAUUAUUAAGUGAUUUACCUAAUUUAAACCAAGACUUGAUUUCAAGAAUCAAAUCAUUAUGUUAUGAUCCUGCUAGAUCAACCAUCGGGUUUUUAGCAUUGUCGUUCUUGAUUAUGUAUAGACCUCCGGUUAAACAAGUUUGUUUGGACGUUUUGAAGGAAUUAAGUGAUAGCGAUCAAGAAGAUGUUAAAGAAGAAGCUAAAAAGAAGUUAGAAAAGUUUGCUACUUAG